GAAUGCCUUUGACUGUUAAAGUGGAAGGAGGCUGCAGGGCUUCAUUGGAGCCUCGGAGUUUUUCACUGAGGCAGGGGUCAGCUGAAAGACAAAGAAAAAUGGCGAAUAGUUUGUUGGGGGGUGGGAGGACAGCUGUUCGGGCUUUCACUGGAGUGGACAUUCCAGACUCAGGUUUCUGCAUCUCCUGCUGCCUUUUGUUUCCUCCGUCCUUUGGGGGGGAGGGAUAGGAGUGACUUAAAUUCUCCCAGUCCGAGGAGGUAUAAAUAACUACAUGUAAAAUUAAUGCAGUUCCCGUUGUCACGAUGUCCACAGAAGGAGGAUUUGGUGGUACUAGCAGCAGUGAUGCCCAGCAAAGCCUACAGUCAUUCUGGCCUCGGGUCAUGGAAGAAAUCCGGAAUUUAACAGUGAAAGACUUCCGAGUGCAGGAACUCCCAUUGGCUCGUAUUAAGAAGAUUAUGAAACUGGAUGAAGAUGUGAAGAUGAUCAGUGCAGAAGCGCCUGUACUCUUUGCCAAGGCAGCCCAGAUUUUUAUCACAGAGUUGACUCUUCGAGCCUGGAUUCACACAGAAGAUAACAAGCGCCGGACUCUACAGAGAAAUGAUAUCGCCAUGGCAAUUACAAAAUUUGAUCAGUUUGAUUUUCUCAUCGAUAUUGUUCCAAGAGAUGAACUGAAACCUCCAAAGCGUCAGGAGGAGGUGCGCCAGUCUGUAACUCCUGCCGAGCCAGUCCAGUACUAUUUCACGCUGGCUCAGCAGCCCACCGCUGUCCAAGUCCAGGGCCAGCAGCAAGGCCAGCAGACCACCAGCUCCACGACCACCAUCCAGCCUGGGCAGAUCAUCAUCGCACAGCCUCAGCAGGGCCAGACCACGCCUGUGACAAUGCAGGUUGGAGAAGGUCAGCAGGUGCAGAUUGUCCAGGCCCAGCCACAGGGUCAAGCCCAGCAGGCCCAGAGUAGCACUGGACAGACCAUGCAGGUGAUGCAGCAGAUCAUCACUAACACGGGAGAGAUCCAGCAGAUCCCGGUGCAGCUGAACGCCGGCCAGCUGCAGUAUAUCCGCUUAGCCCAGCCUGUAUCAGGCACUCAAGUUGUGCAGGGACAGAUCCAGACACUUGCCACCAAUGCUCAACAGAUUACCCAGACAGAGGUCCAGCAAGGACAGCAGCAGUUCAGCCAGUUCACAGAUGGACAGAGGAACAGCGUGCAGCAAGCUCGAGUCUCUGAGCUAACGGGAGAGGCAGAGCCCAGAGAAGUGAAAGCCACAGGAAAUUCAACUCCCUGCACCUCUUCCCUGCCCACCACACACCCCCCCUCACACCGGGCUGGUGCCUCCUGUGUCUGCUGCUCCCAACCCCAGCAGAGCUCCACUUCCCCUCCUCCUUCUGACGCCUUGCAGUGGGUGGUGGUUGAGGUAUCUGGGACCCCCAACCAGCUCGAGACCCAUAGGGAGCUGCAUGCCCCUCUCCCAGGGGUGACCUCACUCUCUCCUCUCCACCCCUCGCAGCAGCUCUACCAGAUCCAGCAAGUCACCAUGCCUGCGGGCCAGGACCUCGCCCAGCCCAUGUUCAUCCAGUCAGCCAACCAGCCCUCCGACGGGCAGGCCCCCCAGGUGACCGGCGACUGAGGGCCUGAGCUGGCAAGGCCAAGGACACCCAACACAAUUUUUGCCAUACAGCCCCAGGCGAUGGGCACAGCCUUCCUCCCCAGAGGACCCGGCCGACCUCAGCGCCUCCUGCAGGCUAGGACACUGGUGCACUACGCCCCAUGCCUGGGGGCCAAGAUUCUCCAGCAGAAAGAUGCAAUAUUUUUUGUUUCCUUUUUUUUCCAUUUUUUUCUCCAAGGAAUCAAUAUUUCAAUAUGUUGAGCUAUGUGUCCAAUGCUAUGAAAUUAAAAUAUUAAAUAACAUAUUUAUGGCAUUUUCUUGAAGAGUGUGGUUAAAGAAAUAUUUCUUCUUUUGUUUUUUUUUUGUUGUUGUUUGUUACCGCCACUUCUUUUUAGGAGCAAAUCUCCCCAGGGGUGUAUGGUAUUUCUUGACUCUUGGAACAGCUGCUACCCCCAAGACUUGCCACGUUGUUCUGCCCUCAGAUGGAAUUAGGUGAAUGUGUGUAGCUGCUUUUUCACUCGUGGUCCUCUCCCCAUCCCUUGCUCUUACGCCAGAGCUCUGUGUAUUUGCAUCCAGAGGCCAUGGAAACAUUCCUUGCAUUUAAGAGAUUUAUUCCCCAUGGAGAGUGGGUGGGUUCAUUGCCACACUCUUUUCUCCCAGGGACCCAGGAGACUAGGACUUUGUGCGUUUGUUGCCCACCUCCCCUUUAUUUUUUAAAUGCAUUAAACACUGUGCUAGUCUCCUUUGCAUGGACUUCAGACUGCAUGAAAUGCAAUAAAUCUCAUUUUAGAUAA